AUGAUUUACGCCUCGGGUUUCGAGCGAUUCGAGUUGCUCGUUUGCCAAGGUGUCGGGGAAAAACGGGGUGUCCUGAGGAUCAACCCGAAGCGUUACGAAGACGCAUAUAUUUCGGCGCCGGACGUAGCGAUGGACAUAUACAUAUGUGGGCGUCGUGAGCGGAAUGGAGCCCUUGAUGGAGACCGUGUCGCCGUCCAGCUAUUACCCGAGAGAGAAUGGAAGAUUUUCCACGAUCGUGUGCUAGACAACCUCCGUGAACUAACCGAAGAAGAAUUUCAAAAACUCUACGCUAACAAGGACUUCUCAACUCGCCCUCAUGUCGCCGAAAUGGUGCACGUGGCUCGUCAGGGUGCUUUCAUGAAUUUCAAUCUCUUUAACCUUGACGAUGUCGGCGAGCCGGGAUCCGCAAAAUUAAUUCGGGAUAACAAUCCGUCGACUUCAGGGUUCACUCCACCCACCAUCGGCUUCUGGAACAACGAAGACGCCGGAGAUUCUUUGACGGAUCGAAUCAAAGUCCGAGAUAAACGCGUUGAAGAUGUCGUGACGGGCUCGGAUGAUGAUGACUACGACGUCAUCCUGGAAGCUGAGGAAGAAAUGGACGAAGAGUUGUUUCAUAUCGUUGCGCAACAUUCCGGAUUUUCCCCGGCUGCGGCCAAAAGCAAAUCCGGCACUGAAGUACGUUCGAAGAAGGAAGAAAAAGAAGUCCGUGUCGAAUCGUGCUUUGAUAACGGGAUCUACAGCGACGAAUACUCGCGAGAAGCGAGUCCUGAUUUAAUUGGUUCAGUCGCCGUUGCUCCGGACGAGCUUUUGGGAGACAUUUGCUUUGUUCGUUCGGAUUCGGAGAAGGCGAACUCGGACGACGAAAUGAAUGCUCUUCAACGAGCCGAAGACGAAGCUUUCUUCAACGAACUCGAUGCAACGUGCAAUCCUCGCGAAUCCCCGGUACUCGUCGAAGUUUUCGAAGAAACCGUCGAAGUUGAUGAUAAGUCUGACGGUAAAACUACUAACACUUCUGCCUGCUUUGAUAACGUUGUGAAAGACAACAGUGAUGACGACUACGAAGAAAUCGACGACGACGAAGAAGAAUCAGUUCCCGCCGUCGACGAUUCGGAUGUCGAAAUAAAUGAGCCCCUGUUUAGUUUGAAUGAUGCGAUUGCUGCAAUGUCUCUGAAGAAACAGCAGCAACGCAAGGCUGUUUCGGGUCUGGUCAAAGUUAACUCGAAGAAGAUUUCCCCGUCUAAAGUUGGCGUUAAAAGCUCAAGUUGCGCAAAAAAGCUGGUUGAACGUGACCGCAGUUUUUUGUCCAAGAAGACCAGAAAGAAGAGAAGUGAGAAGACGGAUGUUGGAGCUGGCUCGUUCGUUGACGGGAACAAAGUCAAGAAAAAGGAUAGUUCCGAAUGCUCUACCGGGGAAGCACAGGUUCCGAAACCUGUGAAGAAGUUGAAGAUGAAACUCAAAAGAUGGGCGGAAUUGAAAGCAGCGGGGAUAAACAGCAAGAAAACGGAUGCUCCUGCCGUCACGAAGAUAUUUAAGUCUCCGAAUAAACUGGAAACAAAUCGAAAGAAUACGAUGGCUCCUGCGGUGAAGAAGAUUGCCGAGUCUCCAGUUAAAGUUGAAGUGACGAAUUCUCCCAGCAAAAGUUUCGAAGCAAAAACGAAAAAAUGGAGGGGAAGGAACAAAAGUGCCUCCGCUGUUAAAAGCGUGAACUUGGAUUCGGGACUCAACAUUUACGAAAUCCUGUCGAUGCCCAAAUGUGAGCAGUACUUUCAAAGGAAAGGACGGGUCGUGAACAUUUUGGAAGAACGACAUCCACGGAAAGUGGCAGGAUAUUUGAAAUUUGCGCCUGAAACAACGGAAUACUAUCACUUGAUCCCGUUGGAUCAGCGCCUUCCACGUUUGAGAAUUCCUGCGAACCAAUGUCCGGAAGAUUUUUCGAAAUGCCGUGACCAAUACAAAAACACCAUCUUCUUGGCGAAAAUGAUUGGUUGGUCGGAUGAUCACCUGGGAGAUGGGGUGCUGUUGGAGCGGAUUGGAGAAACCGGCAACGUGAAGGCAGAAACUACAGCAAUUCUUUUAUCUUGCAAUGUGGACAUCGAUCCGUUUCCUUCAGGAAUUCUCAAAUCGCUUCCGAAGGAAUGUCGAGUUUCCCAGAAUUCGACAAAAGACAAGUCUGAAAUACAGUUCCCUGUAUUUNCUCUGAAGAAACAGCAGCAACGCAAGGCUGUUUCGGGUCUGGUCAAAGUUAACUCGAAGAAGAUUUCCCCGUCUAAAGUUGGCGUUAAAAGCUCAAGUUGCGCAAAAAAGCUGGUUGAACGUGACCGCAGUUUUUUGUCCAAGAAGACCAGAAAGAAGAGAAGUGAGAAGACGGAUGUUGGAGCUGGCUCGUUCGUUGACGGGAACAAAGUCAAGAAAAAGGAUAGUUCCGAAUGCUCUACCGGGGAAGCACAGGUUCCGAAACCUGUGAAGAAGUUGAAGAUGAAACUCAAAAGAUGGGCGGAAUUGAAAGCAGCGGGAAUAAACAGCAAGAAAACGGACGCUCCUGCCGUCACGAAGAUAUUUAAGACUCCGAAUAAAAUGGAAACAAAUCGAAAGAAUACGAUGGCUCCUGCGGUGAAGAAGAUUGCCGAGUCUCCCGUUAAAGUUGAAGUGACGAAUUCUGCCAGCAAAAGUUUCGAAGCAAAAACGAAAAAAUGGAGGGGAAGGAACAAAAGUGCCUCGGCUGUUAAAAGCGUGAACUUGGAUUCGGGACUCAACAUUUACGAAAUCCUGUCGAUGCCCAAAUGUGAGCAGUACUUUCAAAGGAAAGGACGGGUUGUGAGCAUUUUGGAAGAACGACAUCCACGGAAAGUGGCAGGAUAUUUGAAAUUUGCGCCUGAAACAACGGAAUACAAUAACUUGAUCCCGUUGGAUCAGCGCCUUCCACGUUUGAGAAUUCCUGCGAACCAAUGUCCGGAAGAUUUAUCGAAAUGCCGUGACCAAUACAAAAACACCAUCUUCUUGGCGAAAAUGAUUGGUUGGUCGGAUGAUUACCUGGGAGAUGGGGUGCUGUUGGAGCGGAUUGGAGAAACCGGCAACGUGAAGGCAGAAACUACAGCAAUUCUUUUAUCUUGCAAUGUGGACAUCGAUCCGUUUCCUUCAGGAAUUCUCAAAUCACUUCCGAAGGAAUGUCGAGUUUCCCAAAAUUCGACGAAAGACAAGUCUGAAAUACAGUUCCCUGUGAACGAAGUUGAGAAGCGCAUGGAUUUUCGGAAAGAUGCGUGCGUAUUUACCGUUGAUCCAGAAACAGCGAGAGAUCUUGACGAUGCCGUGCAUAUUAAGUAUAUCGACGAUGAAACAUUGGAAGUUGGCGUUCACAUCGCAGAUGUUUCUUACUAUGUUCGGGAAGGAACGCAACUGGAUAAAGUGGCUGCCGAACGAUCGACCAGCGUUUAUAUGGUUCAAGAGGCUGUGCCGAUGCUUCCACGUGAGCUUUGUGAAGACCACUGUUCAUUGAAUCCAGGCGAGCCUAAGUUGACUGUAUCUUGUGUUUGGCACGUGAAACCCGAUGGAACAUUUCGAAAGCACGCAAUCGGGAGAAGUGUGAUCAUGUCAAGCUGUAAACUUUCAUAUGAACAUGCUCAGAUGCUGAUCGAAGGCAAGAAGGUUGAUCAUCGAGGUCGAGAGCUUAGCAUGCCUGAAGUACACGGCGAGUACACGAUUGAAGAUAUCAAGUUGGGUUUGGAGAAGCUUCAUGGGCUGACGAAGAAGCUUAGACAGCAGAGGUUUGAGUCAGGGGCACUGUCAUUGGAUCAACCGAAAAUUGGGUUCCAAUUGGAUCCCGAAGACUCGUUACCGAGUGCCUUCCAUGUUUAUAAGCGCCUCGACGCCCACUUUUUGAUCGAAGAGCUGAUGUUGCUGGCCAACAUGACGAUUGCGGAAGAAUUGUUGAAGAAAGCAGGGAAGAAGGCAGUUCUUCGUCGCCAUGUUGCACCGUGCGAAUCGCGGAUCGCUCAUCUUUUGCGCGCCAAAGCAGGGAAGAAGGCAGUUCUUCGUCGCCAUGUUGCACCGUGCGAAUCGCGGAUCGCUCAUCUUUUGCGCGCCGUCUCUGCUUACGGACUACAACUCGAUGCGUCAUCUUCGAAGAGCCUUGGUGACUCCCUGUCAUCGAUCAAGGAAAUAAAUCCUGUCCAGCACGCAGCCGUCGUUUAUCUGUUCACAAAGCCUAUGAAGCUUGCGAAAUAUUUCGUAGCGGAGUCGGUUCCAUCUGGAGAGUUCGGGCACUACGCGUUGAAUGUACCUUGCUACACGCACUUCACAUCUCCUAUCCGACGUUAUCCGGAUAUUUUAGUUCACCGAUUAUUCGGGAACAUAUUUAAUUGUUUGAUCGAAGAGCUGAUGUUGCUGGCCAAUAUGACGAUUGCGGAAGAAUUGUUGAAGAAAGCAGGGAAGAAGGCAGUUCUUCGUCGCCAUGUUGCACCGUGCGAAUCGCGGAUCGCUCAUCUUUUGCGCGCCGUCUCUGCUUACGGACUACAACUCGAUGCGUCAUCUUCGAAGAGCCUUGGUGACUCCCUGUCAUCGAUCAAGGAAAUAAAUCCUGUCCAGCACGCAGCCGUCGUUUAUCUGUUCACAAAGCCUAUGAAGGUUUCGUUUUUUUUUCAGCUGGCGAAAUAUUUCGUAGCGGAGUCGGUUCCAUCUGGAGAGUUCGGGCACUACGCGUUGAAUGUACCUUGCUACACGCACUUCACAUCUCCUAUCCGACGUUAUCCGGAUAUUUUAGUUCACCGAUUAUUGUGCCAAAUCCUGGGGCAGGGGCCGCCGGUGACUACCUCGGCGAAGGCUUUGCAUUGCAUCACGGAGUACUGCAACACGAAGAAAGAAGCUGCAAAACGGUGUUCGAAUGCAAGUUCAGACCUGUUCUUCAACUUGUUCUUGUCCAAAAACUCGCAAUACAAGAUGAAAGCAGCUGUGACCAUGGUAACGGACCAGUCUUUCGACGUUCUUCUCUAUGAGAUAGGCUCCACUGGAAGAAUUUAUUACGACAAAAUCGGCAUGAAAAAGUGCCACUUCUCGCGACAUCAGGGGAAAAGUUCGGUGGAUCUCACGUGGGCAGCUGUUGACGAAGGACCCGACAUCCCGCAGAGCAUUUGUGUUUUUGACGAGGUGGAAGUUGAAUUAACGUCAACAGCGAGCAACAAAUACUCGACGUGUCUACUCCCGCCAGAAGGUGCCAUGAGAACGAAGCGAGCUAAGAAGGGAAACCUCUUGAAUUCUAAUGGCGACUCUUGAGUUGAUUUCG